ACCAAGGGUAGCGUUGAACGAGUCGUCCCAAUGGACGCCGACAAUUGGGUCACCGUAAAGCCCAACAGAGCUCUGUACGCCCAAGAGGUGGAAAUAAGCUGCUUCAAGGAGCGACUUCGUCUCUUGGCAAGCAAUGGUAUCGACGUUACAGGAUUGGAGCACUUGGAGAUGUCAGGAGAGGUUGGAGCCAACAACUACCUUCCAAUUGCCACCUAUACAUCUGGAUUCGGCUACGAGGUGAACACAAUGAACAUUGAUAGCUCAGCAAAAUUGAACAAGGAAUCAAACUACCAUUUUCCUUCACUAACAUUGACCACCAUAGCCUACCAUUUGCACAACUUCCACGGGUUCCGCUGCCGAAUGAAAUUUCGCAACGAACAAAUCCCCGAAUAUGAAGUAGUGAACAGUGGGUCGGUAUGCUUUAUGCGUCAGCCACCACCAAUCGAGAUGACCGUGGACAACAUCAGUGUCCCUAUGGUGGAGGACACAACGCAAGAGUCAAUUCCUCAAAAUCGCAAUCUGCAAAUCUUUCAGACUUCGUGCGUCAAACCGGAAACACGACUAGUCUUUACAUGCAGCCAGUGGCGCGAGAUGGAGACGUGUGACGAUGCCCACACCGUUGACAGUGUGUACAAUGUGGACACCGAUUUGAUAAUUUACAAUGCAAAAAGGCUAGAAUACGUAAUAAAAAAACCGGUGUUCGAUCGCCUGGGUAGGGGACGAGUUGACAUUCCAACGGUUCCGCAUGAGUGGCACACUGCUGAGGUUGUCUGCCAUCGAACAAUACGUCGGACAGACAACAUUUCACACAUCAUUUUGGAUCAGUACUCCUCUGCCGUGAGAAUAUGCGUGAGCCAGACAACAUUCACCUUCUACCUAGCCCAUACGGGAUUCGAGUGGAGCACAGGACUGACCAUGUCGCUGGAUGACAUGAUAAAUAUGGGUGCCGUCACGAAGAUGGAGAUGGGCGACGAAAUGAAUGACGUCGACGUGGGCUCAGCCGUCAUUUGUCAAGUGACGGGUGAUGGUGGUCGUGUCAAUGAGACGAUAAUAAAGCAACGAAAUGUGGAGCCGGAGAACGACAUCGAGACAGUGAGAAUAGUUGGCUACGAAAACGCUUCAAUCGCAAUGCUAAUGAAUGCAGACGUCGACAAAAAAAUCACCUUUUUAGCACUUUUUUGUCAAACAAAAAGACUGGAGUCACAAAUAAUUGAGAGGUCAGAGGUGUUGUGGUUGGCAGUUCAUGAGGCCGUUCUAAAGGAUGAAGGAUUCAAGGAAGUGAAUGAUCUUAUUCUCUACAUACUAUUGACAGUAUGCGCCAGUCUUCUGAUAGCAGUCUCCUGUCCACUCAUCGCUAGGUUGAGUCAGAGAAGACAAAACCGCCAAAGAGCCAGGUACCGCAAAGCUGUCGCCAGAAGGUUGAAGCGUCUUAACUACCUCAGGGAGAUCGGUAUGCACAAAGUCGACGUAAAUGGAGAGUUUGCUCGAGAACUAAGUCCCAAAACAAACAUUUUCACUCGUGAACAUGGGAAAAAGGAUUUCAAAGGAAAGGACUUCGGGCCCCCUCCAGCGGCAUCUCAGAAUGCAGUACAAAUCACUAAUACGAUCCACGUUUAG